GUCCGGCGCCCGACUCUGGCGUCUUCCGGAAGCGGAGCGCCGGACCCGCAACGGCUGGCUGUGCGGGAGCGGCGGUGGCGGGCCCGGUGGCAGCGAGGAGACCUUAAGGGGACCCGGACCUGGCUCCCGCGCCGGGGCGGAGCGCCAUGGACGAAGCAGGCAGCUGUGCGAGCGGCGGAGGCUUCCGCCCGGGCGUGGACAGCUUGGACGAGCCGCCCAACAGCCGCAUCUUCCUGGUGAUCAGCAAGUACACGCCGGAGUCGGUGCUGAGGGAGCGCUUCUCGCCCUUCGGCGAGAUCCAGGACAUCUGGGUGGUGCGGGACAAGCACACUAAGGAGUCCAAGGGCAUCGCCUUCGUCAAGUUUGCCCGUAGCUCGCAGGCCUGCAGGGCCAUGGAGGAAAUGCACGGCCAGUGCCUCAGCCCCAACGACACCAAGCCCAUCAAGGUUUUCAUUGCUCAGUCCAGAUCAUCUGGAAGUCAUCGUGAUGUUGAAGAUGAAGAACUCACAAGAAUAUUUGUUAUGAUACCAAAGUCCUACACAGAAGAAGAUCUACGGGAAAAAUUUAAGGUGUAUGGAGAUAUCGAGUAUUGCAGCAUUAUUAAGAAUAAAGUAACUGGAGAAAGUAAAGGUUUGGGCUAUGUUCGAUACUUAAAACCAUCACAGGCUGCCCAAGCAAUAGAAAACUGUGAUCGAAGUUUUAGGGCAAUCUUGGCUGAACCUAAAAAUAAAGCAUCUGAAUCCUCGGAACAAGACUAUUAUAGUAACAUGAGGCAGGAGACAUUGGGACAUGAACCUAGAGUAAAUAUGUUUCCAUUUGUUGGAGAACAACAAUCUGAGUUUUCAGGUUUUGACAAGAAUGACAACAGAGGCCAAGAAGCUAUCUCCAAACGCCUGUCAGUUGUAUCAAGAGUUCCUUUCACUGAAGAGCAGCUUUUCAGUAUUUUUGAUAUAGUACCAGGAUUGGAAUACUGUGAAGUUCAACGAGAUCCUUAUUCUAAUUACGGUCAUGGAGUGGUUCAGUAUUUCAAUGUAGCAUCAGCUAUUUAUGCAAAAUACAAGUUACAUGGGUUUCAGUACCCUCCUGGGAAUCGGAUAGGUGUUUCCUUCAUUGAUGAUGGGAGUAAUGCAACAGAUCUUCUUAGAAAAAUGGCAACGCAGAUGGUAGCAGCACAGCUUGCAUCAAUGGUGUGGAAUAACCCAAGUCAGCAGCAAUUUCUGCAAUUUGGAGGAAAUUCUGGAUCACAGUUGCCUCAAAUCCAGACAGAUGUUGUACUUCCAUCAUGCAAAAAAAAAGCCCCUCCUGAAACUCCUGUGAAAGAAAGACUUUUUAUCGUGUUUAAUCCUCAUCCUUUACCUUUAGAUGUAUUAGAGGAUAUAUUCUGUCGUUUUGGUAACCUAAUCGAAGUUUACCUUGUGUCAGGAAAAAACGUGGGGUAUGCCAAAUAUGCAGAUAGAAUAAGUGCCAAUGAUGCCAUUACUACUUUACAUGGAAAGAUCCUAAAUGGAGUCAGACUUAAAGUUAUGCUGGCGGAUUCCCCAAGAGAAGAAUCUAACAAACGACAAAGAACUUACUGAUUUUUGAG